UCCGCUGUCGUCACAGUUAGACAGAACUGAUUUGGUUUUUUGCACCAUGAAACAAAAAAGAUGAAUUCUUUGACACCUGAAACACAUCACCCGUCGAACGAUUUAACCUGGUCGCUGUAACCUGCGUAGUCGGAAAAGCUUGACCCUCUGGUUUCCAUCUCCAGUUUGAACCAAUAUGAACAACUUGAGCACGUUUGCAUUCUGUGGAGUCAGCUUACCAAGUGCGCAGAGGGUCUUAUAGCGGUAGCUAGCGUUAGCUCUACAAAGCUGCCGUCUGUGGCCCGUUUCGGCUGUUUCACGCACAGGAACUGGUUCUUUGAACAAGCUCAGACUCAACGCCAUGCAUCUGUUACGUCUAGUGUGCCGCCACAAGACAGCCCUGGUCAUUGGCACAGUGUGCAGCUUUGCUGUAGUUCUGGUUUUCUUGGCCAAAUGUACCUCAGAAACCCUGAAACAGGGCCACCAGGAUCCACCAGGCCUAGCCCCUCAUGCAAUUGCGUUGCAAUCCCAUCCAGAAAAUCACAACCCCCCCUCUACAUCUAAAGACUUGUCAGCACUGCUGGUGGUCCUCAUCACAACUGGACCAAAGUACACAGAGAGGAGGAGUAUCAUCCGCAGCACCUGGCUGGCCAAGCGGGACUCUGAUGUUCUGGCCAUGUUUGUGGUGGGAACUCAGGGGCUUCUCAAUGAGGACCUUCAGAACCUGAACACAGAGCAGGGGCGGCACAAGGACCUCCUCUUACUGCCUGACUUGCGAGAUUCUUACGAGAACUUAACACUGAAGCUGAUGCACAUGUACUCCUGGCUGGACCAGAAUGUGGAGUUCAAGUUUGUCCUCAAAGCAGAUGAUGACACAUUCGCUCGCUUGGACAUCCUGAAGGAGGAGCUGAAGGGGAAAGAGCCCAGCCGAUUAUACUGGGGCUUCUUUUCAGGGAGGGGGCGAGUGAAAACAGCUGGAAAGUGGCGGGAAAGCUCAUGGGAGCUUUGUGACUACUACCUGCCCUACGCACUGGGAGGGGGCUACAUCCUCUCAGCAGACCUUGUACAUUAUAUUCAUAUUAGUGCAGGAUACUUAAAAACAUGGCAGAGUGAGGAUGUGUCACUGGGCGCUUGGCUGGCACCAGUGGAUGUUCGCAGAGUACAUGACCCACGCUUUGACACAGAAUACAAAUCGCGCGGUUGCAACAACAAAUACCUGGUGACACAUAAGCAGAGCUUGGAGGACAUGCUGGAAAAACACCAGACUUUGCAGCGUGACAGCCGGCUCUGCAAGGAGGAAGUCAAGCUGCGAUUGUCCUAUGUCUACGACUGGAGUGUUCCACCAUCACAGUGCUGCCAAAGGAAGGACGGCAUUCCUUAAAUAUGUUCUUUUAACAAGACUGAAGGUACACCCUGUUGAACAUCUCUCUUGUCUGAAAAAGUUAAGCAGUAAUACUUUUCAACCAAGGCAAGGAAUUCCAUUUAAAGAUGUGUAAUGGGUCCCAGACAGACAUCAAAAUAAAUAUGCUAAAACUGUUUAAAAGGUUAUUUCAGAUUUGGAGAAUCCUUUAAAUUGCAACAACAAAAACCGGAUCACCCAAUCACUUCGUAUAUUUGCGACAUACGUUCAGCUAAGCACAAUCUUUUCUUCCGUUGAAACCAAUUUGAAGAUUUUUUAAAAGAAAUGUUGUGCAGUGUUUCCAAUUUCAUUAAGACUAAUAUAGGUGUCAUGUGUUUUAAGCAACACCUGGUCUUAUUUGGUUUGGAUUGCGGCGGAUAAAGCAAUGAGACCUGUUUUUUUUCCUUCUGCUUACAGAAUCAAAUAAGGUUUUUACAAAUCUGAAAAGUGUCUUUAAAGUCUUUCUAUGUGAUUUUUCACACUUAAAUGUAAUAGAAAUCAAGUAUAUCCUCUGAAAAUAACUCUGUGAGUCAUGACUGUCUACAAUGGGUGUAACACCCGAGUCCCACUGUCUGAUGUUUUCAGAGUCCUAUCUUCACUUUGUUUACAUCGCCGGGACGGCCGGCUGACUCCUCCCCUCGUGUAUAAAAGUUGUUUAAUUGAGGGACUAGAGAAAAGAAGAAUAACAUACUGUACUCACUGAUUAACUGUGUUUCUAGAUCACGCUCAUUUCAGGUAAAUUUACAUGCAGUGUGAAGAUACGAGCAGAAUAAAGAUCACUAGCAUUAGCAUGCUAACACAACAAUGCAGCGCGAGUUGUUUUGGUGUCAUGCUGGUGCUCAAGGGUGACAUCUGCUGGAUCAAAAAAUCACAUUUAAAGCCUUUAAACAGUCCAUAUGGUAAUAUAGUCAAGGUCUGACUACUCAAAAUAACAUCUGUUUUUUACUUGACUGGGUUUAGUGUGAGAUGGGAAGUGAACAAGUGAUAUAACAAAGCUGAUAUCUCUAUUUCCCCCCCAAAAAAAGAUUUUAAACAGCAUAAAACCUUUUGCAUAUUCGGCCAUCUGGUUUUGCGACUUUAAACGGCAUGAUACUAAAGAAUAGACCCCUUAAAAAUGGCCCCAUAACUUAUGAACUAACUGGCGACUUUAGCCGUGUCUUCUUGCUUACCAAUGAACUCGUUUGGCCCGGUUCUGUGGACCCAUAUGAAUGUGCUCUUCACGGCUUAUUCACCACAUCUGUUCCUCUUCUUCCCUGUCUUUGUUCCCCUGCUGUUCCUCUCGCGGAAUACGUUACAACACUAUGACAUAUGUUUCAAGAUGAUCUCGAUAUAAAAGAAAAUACAGGGUAACACAGAUGGGAGACUCUCACCCUGCCAGGAUGUCUUUCUUGAAAGCAAUUUUGCAUUUGUAUUUUAUUUAUUGUUAAUUUAUUGUGCAGCAAGUACCUCACACUGGUAUUGAUAUGGGACUUAAGAACAGUGGCUGUGGUCGCUGCUUGUGAUCAAAGUUUUGUAUUUAUUAACUGCUUGGGGGACAGGAAAUGUUCACUUUUUAAAUGUCAAAUGUUUGUUUACGGUCAAUGGUACUCAAGAAGAUGUCAUGUGUUUUGAAGUGCAAAAAAAAAUGGUUGAAUGUUUUACCAUUCAACAGGCCGCCUUAUUCUUUAUACUGGAGUUUAUGUGAAGGGUUUAUGAUUACUUCUACAUGUCCAAGUUAUUCUGAAUACUUAUAACUCAAGAUCCAAACAUUUUCUGACUUGAAAUGUCAAGUUGUUUGUUCAUGUUUGUUUCCAAACAAAUCACAGAUUCAGUUGGACAAACCUGCGGGGGACUACCUGCUGGCACUUGGUAACUUUUUUUAAACUAAAAACAAAAUAAUUGUAAGGUCCAUGAAUUUCAAGUGUCUAGUUCUUUUUUAUCUUCAACAUGAACUGUUUGUCCUCAUUCCUAAAGCUAUGUCCUGCAAAUGAUCAAACGGUAUGAAAUGAUGGAGAUUUUUUUUUUUUUUUUUUUUUUACUGCUGUUAAGUUUUUUUUUUGUCACCAUCGUCUCACUGUUGUCACUAGUAAUAUAUAUACAUACUUG